AUGAGGCGGCGAGCCCCACGGUCCACGCCAGGAAGACCUUAGACGUGCAGUGAGUGCGGCAAGAGUUUCCGCUAUAGCUCAGCGCUGUUGCGGCAGGAGCGCACCCACAGCCGGGGUGGCGGCAGCGGCUUCCUCUGCCUGGAGUGCGGGGCGAGCUGUGCGCGGACCACUGACCUCUGGGCACACAGGCGCACACACGCUGGCCAGACCCUCGACGUCUGCAGCGAGUGUGGCCAGAACUUCCGCCACAGUGGCCGCCUGGACCUGCACUUGAGCUAUCAUCGGCGGGGUCAGGCCUGCUUCUGCCACCUCUGCGGCCGCCGUUUCACCCACCUCCUGGCGCUGCUGGUGCACCGACGUCACCGACACCCGCCUGAGCGGCCCCGCCGCUGUCCACUGUGCGUCCGUGCCUUCCGUCAGAGCGCGUUGACUUUCCACCAGGCACAGGCACACCCUCUGGGAGUAAGCUUUGCCACUGCUGACUCACCCUACAGCUGUGCCGAGUGCCCGCAGGCCUUCCACAGCGGUGCUGGGCUGCAGAGUCACACUCGCAUCCACCUGGCCCAGAGCCCCGUGUCCCAGGGCCCCUGUGACCCCGACACUCACCAAUGUGGCGUGUGUGGCAAAAGCUUCAGCAAGAACUCCACACUAACACGACACUUGCAGACCCAUGCUGGGGAGAAGCCUUUCAGGUGUCCCGAAUGCGGCAAGGGCUUCUUGGAGAGUGCCACACUGGUGCGCCAUCAGCGCACGCACACUGGAGAGAAGCCAUACACUUGUGGGGACUGUGGGCGCUGCUUCAGUGAGAGUUCCACGUUGCUGCGCCACCGGCGCAGCCACCAGGGCACAAGGCCACACGCGUGCACCACCUGCGGCAAGUGCUUCGGGCAGCGAUCUGACCUGGUAGUGCACCAGCGGAUCCACACGGGUGAGAGGCCUUUCCCAUGCCCCAACUGUGGCCACCGCUUUAGCGACCGCUCAGACCUCACUAAGCACCGGCGCACACACACGGGCGAGAGGCCUUACCGCUGCGAGCUGUGUGGCAAACAGUUCACCUGUGUGUCAAACCUCAACGUGCACCGGCGCAACCACACCGGCCACAAGCCACACAAAUGCCCUGAGUGUGGCAAAGCCUUCAGCGUAGCCUCCAAGCUUGCACUGCAUCGCAAGACGCACCUGGGUGAGCGCCCAGCGGUGUGCACGGAGUGCGGCAAAUGCUUCAGCCACAGCCGCUCACUGUCGCAACACCAGCGAACCCACGCACGCACCCGCUCUGCUGCAGCCACCACACUGGCCGCAGCCCCCAUCUUUGUGGGGCCAGCAGGACAGGGCUCUUCAUGUCCCAGUUGAAAGAGACUUGCUAAGAGGCUCCUCUGGAGGUGGUUGGGCGAGCAUCAACAUCACACCACAGCAAUGGUAGUCACCUCCCAGACUGAGAUUGGGAAAAGACCUUGCAGUGACUAGCUGACUUCUCAGCUUCUGAUGUAGCCCUUCACCGGCCCUGCCUCUCCACCUGCUUUGUCAAGUCUUUCCCCCACCUUAGUCCUCAUACUGCCGUGUAGGUACAGGGAAAUGGGGAUACCUCUCAGACCCUGUGUGUGAGAGAGCCCAGGUGUUGGCAUUUCCCAUUGCUAUGACUGUGCUGUGCUGUUUUCUUCCCUGUUUCUCUGCCUGCGUUGUUUUCUCUUGUCUCAUCUCCUUAUUGCAGCCUGUAUCUCCUCUGCUUCUCCUUCCCUGGUCCCUUUGCUGUCCUGUCACAGGUCACUGGCCCUGUAGUCUUGCCUCUUGAUUCCACCUGUUAAUCUAAUGUUUUACCCCUCUGCUUCCAAGAAGGAAGGUGUAGAGGUGGGAAAUUUGCAGUUAAGAGAAGGAUGUGUCCAUGCUGGGAGCUGCCUGAUCCCUGGCAGAGGUGGCCUAACUGGUGAAGGAGAGGGCCAGGGCCCUCCACAUGGUCACUUACCUGUCCCCAGGGCAGAUCAAGGUGUCUCUCAGGACAGUGUUCUCCAGCCAGACUGGGGACAUUUGCCCUGGUACCUAGGCCAGACCAUAUGUCCAUGGAGAUAGGUGCUAUCAAGUAGGGCAUCAGAAUGUUUCUAAGUCUGGCUUGGAACUCCGGGGAAUACCCACAGAGGAGGAAUGUGCAGGAUGGCAAGUCCCCCCUGGAACUGGCCAACAGCUUUUUGUUUAUGGCUCCUGAAAUAAAGAGUGGUUUGGGUUCCGGA